AUGAAUAGUUCAAAUGCCACCCCUUUAUUCAAUCAAACUGUCGAUAGAAAUCACUGGACAUGGUCAUUGCAAACAAUAAUUGUCUUGUUAACAUGCGGUCUAAUUACUCUUGCAACAAUUUUGGGCAAUGGUCUAGUAUUACUUUCAAUUAAAUUUCGUCUACAUACACGAUCGUAUUCGGAUUAUUUCAUUGUCAGCUUAUGUUUGGCAGACUUUUUCGUCGGAUUAUUCGUCAUGCCACCAAUGGCACUACAUACAUUUCAAUUAAAAUGGCCAUUUCACUAUCGGCUUUGUUAUAUGUGGAUGUCAAUUGACUUUACUUGUUCAACGGCAUCCUUUCUUACGCUUGCCUCCAUGGCGCUUGAUCGCUAUUAUGCACUUACAGCGCCGUAUUUUCAUCUACGAAAUCGAUCAUAUUCAUCUGUGUUAAUAUUCAUUGUUAGCUCAUGGGCAAUACCAUUUGCUAUAUGGCCGAUGUCCAUCUUUCUUGGUCAGCAUUUUAGUUCGAGUCCACCAAGUUGUGUUCAUCCGGCAAAUUCUUAUAUAAUUGUCGUUCUCUGUUCAUUCUUCUAUUAUAUUCCUCUCUUAUUCAUGUUAUGUUGUUAUUCCCGAAUCAUAGUAAAUAUCAAAAACAUCGAAGUUAUGAUCAAAGGUACUUGGGGAACAAUAAAAUACAACCCAAAUGAUUAUGGCCAUGGUUAUACUCAGAACAGUGAUAAGCACAAUCUUACUUCAACAUCAUCACAAUCAACUUCGUCAUUACGUUCACUUCUACUAAGAUAUUUUCAACGGAAUACUACUAAACAUCCUCUACAGAAUCCAACUCGUUCGGGAAAUGGAAGUCCAUACAAUAUUCCUGUAAAUCUGUUGAAUAAUCGGUGCAAUCGACUGGGAACUGUCUCCAAUUACGGAUUUGCAUCCAAUACAUUAUCGCCUGUUCCUCUCUAUCGCUCCAAUCGACAGGCAACAACAGCAACAUUUACCGGCCAAAAGCGUUGUUUGAAUGAUGUUAUAGAAGAGAAACGAUCUAAACCUGAUUCCACACUCAAUCAAGAAGAAGAAUUAGUUCGAACACGUCUUAGUACGCGAACAUCGUCUCUACCUGCUGCACGAUGUAUUUCCUACUAUCAUUUUCCAAGUUCAAACAUCUCCCAAACAAAAAUUCUCGAAGAUUCGCCUCAUACGCGCUUCAAUUCCAUCUCCAAUGAACGAAGUCGUUCACAUUCCCACUCGUCGAAUCAAAGCGUGGGUAUCAAUGGGGGCGUAUUGACAACGGAUAUAUCCGAGCAUAGUUCAUCAUUUGAUAAUACUCUCGACGAUGAUCAUCGACGGUUAAGUCGACGUCAUUUACCCUCGCAUACUACAUCAACAUCAUUCAAUUCAAGUCGAUAUAGUCAACGCGCAGUGGCACAAUUUAUGCAUGAGAGAAAUAAGGCAAGAUUGAGACGAAAUCAAAAAGCAAGUCGGAUGUUAGGUAUUUUACUCGCUGUUUUCCUUAUUUGUUGGCUUCCAUUUAUCAUUUCUUAUCCAAUAAUGCUGCUCUACCCGAAAAAAUUCUCUGUUGAACUUGAAUGUAUCAUCUUCUGGUUGGGUUAUGUCAAUUCGCUACUCAAUCCGUUUCUAUACGUCUAUAGAUUAAAAGCAAAGACACGUUUACGGUAUCAAUGGUCAUUGCGAAAAACAAAUUCUCAGACUGAAGACAAGAUUCGAUGGCACCAGAUUGACCUGCAGCAAGCGAAAAUCAUGAGUGAAUAUAAUGCUGAUAUCCGAGAUGAUGAAUGUUGUGGAGAUUCGAUUAAUAACGACGAAAAUGAUGACAUAUUCGAUGAUUUAGACAAUAUGAACGAUUCCGAGGAGGAUCGUCGUUUGAUUACAGUUGGCAUUUGUGCGCAAUGGAAGAAGAUCAAAGCGAAACCAAUGGAAGAAAUUCUUCAUCGUUUGGAACAAUUUGAAUUUCUUCGUAUAAUCGUCUUCACGGAAACAAUGAUACACGAAAAGUCUAUUGAAGAGUGGCCAUUCUGUCACGUGUUAAUUAGUUUUCACAGUAAAGGUUUUCCACUUGCUAAAACGCAAGAAUACGCUCGUCUUCAUCGGCCGUUUCUCAUCAAUGAUCUGGAUAAACAGUGGUGUAUCAUGGAUCGUAUUAAAGUUCAUGAAAUUUUAGACGAUACCGGCAUUCCUCAACCUCGAUAUGGUGUAGUUCGACGAGAGAAGAAUGAGGAUGGUACAUGGAUAACUUUAUCGAACGUGAUCGAGCAGGAUGACCAAAUCGAAAUUGACGGCCAAAUAUUUCAUAAGCCGUUCGUAGAAAAACCGGUCUCCGCAGAAAAUCAUGACGUUUACAUAUAUUUUCCAUCGUCAGCCGGUGGCGGAUCUCAAAGAUUAUUUCGCAAGAUUGGUAGCCGAAGCAGCGUCUACACAUCGGAAAAUAGUAUACGUAAUGAUGGAUCGUAUAUUUACGAAGAAUUUAUGCCUACCGAUGGUACUGAUGUGAAAGUUUAUACGGUUGGUGCUGAAUAUGCUCAUGCUGAAGCACGAAAAUCUCCUGGUCUUGAUGGUAAAGUUGAACGAGAUGAAUUCGGAAAAGAAGUCCGUUAUCCAGUUAUAUUACGAGCUGAUGAAAAAUUGAUUGCAAUGAAAAUAUGUUUGGCAUUUAAACAAACAGUUUGUGGCUUCGAUUUGCUCCGUGUAGAAGGCAAAUCUUUUGUUUGUGAUGUGAACGGAUUUAGUUUUGUGAAAAAUAGUACGAAAUACUACGAUGAUUGUGCUUCCAUUCUCGGUCAUAUGAUAAUGCGAGAAUUAGCGCCUACGUUAUCAAUACCAUAUCCAUUAGCGUAUCAGCCAGAAGAUCCACCUUAUGUGCCGACAGCAUUUGGAACACGAAUGGAACUUCGAUGUGUGAUUGGUGUGAUUCGACAUGGAGAUCGAACGCCAAAACAAAAGAUGAAGAUGGUUGUACUCCAUCCUUUAUUUUUCCAAUUAUUCGAAAAAUAUAACGGUCCAAAGAAUGGCCAUUUGAAAUUGAAACAUCCCGGUCAACUUCAGGAAGUACUUGAUAUCGCUCGAACAUUGCUCAAAGAAUUGGAUGAUGACGGACUAACAAAACUCCCAAAUUCAUCGGAAACAAGAGGAAAAUUAGUACAACUUAAACAAGUAUUAGAAUUAUAUGGCCAUUUUUCCGGUAUCAAUCGUAAAAUACAAUUAAAAUAUCUUCCGAAGGGUCCGCCAAAAAAAUCCAGCAGUGAAGAUGAAUUGGAUGACAUUCCCAGUCAACCAUCAUUACUCCUAGUAGUCAAAUGGGGUGGUCAACUGACUCAAACAGGCAAAAAUCAAGCGGAAGCUCUUGGCAAGUCAUUUCGUAAAAUGUAUCCAGGCGGGCAAGGUGCCGUUGGUGAUCGACCUGAUGUUGGUCUUCUUCGUUUACAUUCAACAUUUCGACAUGAUUUAAAGAUUUACGCAUCGGAUGAAGGUCGCGUACAGAUGACUGCUGCAGCAUUUGCCAAAGGUCUCUUAGCACUCGACGGCGAAUUAGCUCCGAUUCUUGUACAAAUGGUGAAAAGCGCCAAUACAAACGGUUUACUUGACAAUGAUGUCGAUUCAACGAAAGAACAACAAAAAGUCAAACAAACAUUACAUGAUCUCCUUGCCAAAGAUCGAGACUUCAAUCAGGAAGAUUAUGAUAAAAUCGCACCAACUCGAUCGCGUUCAUUCACCUCAUCGAUGGAUUUUAUCAAGAAUCCAGUUGUUAUCUGUCGAAAGAUUCUUGAAUAUAUUCAUGAAAUGACAGUACUCAUUCGAACCCACGUAUUCAAAGGCGAGUCAACUACACUUUUCCAUUCAGAAACAUGGGAUUUAUGUUUAAGACGAUGGUUAAAGCUUGAAAAAGACUUCUAUAAUAUUCAAAAGGACAAAUUCAAUAUUUCGAAAGUCCCUGAUAUCUACGAUUCUAUCAAAUACGAUCUCCUGCAUAACAAAAAUAAACUUCAAUUUCCACAUGCCGACGAUUUAUAUGUUUGUUCGAAAGCAUUGGCUGAUAUCGUUGUACCACAAGAAUACGGCAUGACGAUUGAAGAAAAGCUGAGCAUAGCUCGCGGUAUUGUCACACCAUUAUUACGGAAAAUACGAGCUGACCUACAAUGUAAUCUGACCGGCGUAUUGACUCAUGACGAACAUGUCAAUAAAUUGGAUCCAAGUUGUUCGAAAGGCAUUCAAACUCCAGGCCGACAUGUUCGUACUCGAUUGUACUUCACUAGCGAAUCACAUGUGCAUUCUCUUCUGACGAUUAUUCGUUACGGUGGUUUAUUGGAUACGCAUGCCGAUGAACAAUGGAAGCGAUCAAUGAGUUAUCUCGAAACAGUCUCCGAAUUGAACUAUUUGACACAGAUUGUUAUCAUGUUAUACGAAGAUUCAAGUGAAGAAAUGGAUUCGGAGAAACGCUUUCAUGUUGAAUUGCACUUUUCACCGGGUGCCUAUGGUUGCUUCGAUGUUCCACCUGAUAUUGAUUCAGUUACUUCUGAUGUGAAUACAAUUCGUACAGUACUACCAAAGAGUAAUCGCGAAGCAGCCCACAGUCCACCACGAGAUCAGACAAAAGCAUUACUGAUAGAAUCAACGAAUGCGACAUCAUCACCGAAAGUGAUCAAUCCUGUUCCGACAAUAAUCACUGUUGAUUGUGCCUCUCCGCCAAUGACGACGGAAAAAACGAAUCCAAAGAUGAUUAAAGAAUCGCAUGCAACGAAAAACUAUCAUCGAAAUAGCGAUGGAAUCAUACCGAGCUGCUCGUCAGAACCAACUGACUAUGAAGAAAUACAUUCAACGUCUGUACCACGUUCGUCUCACUAUGAUAAUUACUUACUGAAACCCAAGUCCCUAGACAAUAGUGAAUCAAAACUACAACACUUAACCGGACAACAGUCCGAACCAUCACCUGUAUUUUCAUCGGAGAUACGAUGUAAAUCCAAUACAAUACUUGGUAUUUGUCCAUCAAAAAGUCAUGCUCAACUAAGUCUAUUAUAUAAUUCUGAACUCUCCCGACGAAAUUCGGGUACAUUGUUUUAUGUAUGGAAAUCAAUCUUAACACACAAUUAUUACAAUACAAUUCACGGUGGUUUAUCCGAUAAACGAAUACUAAACUACGUUCCACUGACAAGUAUCUUCAGCACUCGAGUGAUUAGUGGUGCAAAAUCAACACCCGAUCUAAAUAAAUUACUCGAACGAAAACAAGCUGGAUUAAUCUGUCCGGAAACGGUUGUUCUCGCGCCAUUAGAAACAUUGAAUACUAAUCUCAAUUAUAAGAUUCUCGAUGAUUUUAUUGGCAAAAUGACUGGUUCAACUGUGAAAUUUCUAUCGACUGAACCAACUGCCAUGCUUACGCUACCGCCAUUGCCAUCCGAUGUAGCGAUAAAUCGUUUUAGUGUUGAAUCUGUUGAUACUAACAAUGGUCAGUAUGGAAAUGACAAGAAAGGACGUGUUAGUUUUGUUAAAAUUCCUCAAUACUCAAUCAACACAAUCAAUGAAUUACCUGAAAAGAAUGAUUAA